UGUUAAGUAAUGCUUUAUAUUUAUUAUAAACUACUGUGUAAAGAUGAAGAAUUUUAGACAGAGCUUUAUUUGUCUACCAAUAUAUUGUAUACUACAUUUACAAAGGCGGAAUUGAAGAAAUAAGACUGAUAUUGUUAAUAAAAGUAGUCAAUUGUUGUACAAAGCAUUUAUAUGAAUAAAAACAUGGAGACCAAUGAAAGAAAUCAAAUUACAAAUGGGGAUGCCACAAGCAAUAGAGACAUUGAUUGGUCCAAGUAUGGCUUGCAUAAUGCAGAAACUCAAAGAAAUAAUGAAAUGAGAAGGAAUAAUGGAGAGUACGAAGAACUUGGACCGGAAAUGUAUCAGACUGGAGCAAACGAGUUAUUUGCACAAGAAUAUAGUUCUGAUCCUUGGUGGAAAUCAAACUUUUUUAUCUCCCAACCUGUAUUAUUUGGAACUUGGGAUGGUGUAUUUACAUCUUGUCUUAUAAAUAUCUUUGGAGUUAUUGUGUUCUUAAGAUCAGGCUGGAUAGUAGGACAAGCUGGUGUUCUUAAUGCAAUUCUAAUAAUAUUAUGUACAGUGUGUAUUGCAUUAGUAACUGUAUUGUCUGCUGUGGGAAUAUGCGAGCGUUGUCGAGUUGAAAGCGGAGGAGUUUAUUUUUUACUAUCUCAUGUGUUGGGAUCAAGAUUUGGUGGAUCUAUUGGAUUACUAUACUGUUUUGGACAGGCGGUAGGUUGUGCACUCAAUGUGUUAGGUUUCGGAGAAUCUAUGGCUGGUUUGGUACACUUAGAAUCCGCAUGGACAGAACGUGGAUUUGCUUGUGCAGCUGUUAUCUUGUUGUCUAUUAUUAAUGUAGCUGGUGUCAAGUGGGUCAUAAAACUCCAAUUUAUUCUCUUGUUAAUUUUACUUCUUGCUGGAGUAGACUUUACGGUUGGAAGUUUUACUCAUGUGAAUAGUGAGAAAGGGUUCGAGGGCUGGUUAUCAGGAAAUUUACAAAAUAACACGUUUCCCAACUAUCAGAAUGGAUAUAGUUGGUUCACAGUUUUUGGUGUAUUUUUUCCUACAGUAACAGGUGUUUUAGCUGGUAUUAAUAUGAGUGGAGACUUAAGACAUCCAUCCACUGAUAUUCCUAAUGGUACCUUAGCUGCCGUUGGAACUGGAACCCUUUUAUAUUUAUGUUUUACCAUGUUUCUUGCGGCAACUUGCACUCGUAACGCACUUCUGACGAAUUUUAUGAUUGCAUCGACGGUGUCAGCGUUUUCAGUAUUGUUAUUGGCUGGUCUUUAUGUGUCAUCAUUUAGUAGUUGUCUGGGUGCUAUGUACGGUACACCCCGUGUUCUUCAGUCCAUUGCUAGUCAAAAUGUUAUACCAGGAAUGAGUUGUUUACAAAGAGGAAGAGGACCGAACAAAGUACCUGUAUAUGCGAUGUUAGUGGUCGCUGUUGUUACAUUAACGUUCAUUAUUACUGGCCAGAUUAAUACACUCGCGCCAAUUGUUACAAUGCCUUUUCUCCUGACCUAUGCGUGUUUGGAUUAUGCGUAUUUCGCUCUUGCACAAACCUUUGAUAUACAAUUGAUUCGGGAACAAAGGUUUCGAACACAAUCUCCAACAUUUGACCGAAAUUACAGCUCUGCGAGUAGAAAUAACUCAUUACCAGAUGCGGACAAUGAUUUGGAUAGCUUGUUUCCUGAAAGAAUAAGACAUAAAAAUCUCAGGAAUCCAAGCAUCUCUGAAAAUAACGUGUACAUAGACUCCUCGCCAAGCAUCGAUGAAAAUGUUAGCCCUGCAGAUAAUUCUGAGCGAAAAAUUCACAUCCACAAUAAGUUAGGAAACUGGUACAGUCCCUUUUGUAACAGAUGGCUUUCAUUGUUAGGUUGCCUUAUAAAGUUACUUAUAAUGUUUCUUGUUCAUUGGGGCUAUGCUAUUGCCAAUAUCGUCGUUGUUUUCCUUGUAUGGAGUUACGUUGGUCAUGCUAAUCCCGCUGUUAAACCUGGAGUUUCAUCGGAAUUUAAAUUCUUUAAUUGGCUAAAGACGUCACUAUUGAGGCUUAUGGGGAGGACAAUUUAUGACUACGAACAAAUUGUUGUUACACCAGUCCAUCCAGGAGUCGAAACAUGUUCAGCUCAGCUGAAUGAAGAGAACGAAGAUUUCGCUGGUAGACGCAGAUAUCAUCAGACAGCUACAGUUACAGGUCAAUAUGUGAAUAUUGACUAAAAGCGGAAGACUGUAGAAUACGUAAAAGAAAUCUAAUUGAAGAGAGACACAUAGUUGAGGCGGGAAAAAAUUGCAAAAAAUCGCACUAAUUUAUGUUUUAGUAUAGAGUAAAAAGAGCGUUACAAAUUAUUAACGCUGCUAACCGCACAAGACUAGUCUAACCAAACUCAUUUCAUAUUUUAGACACAAGGAAUUUCUUAUACAGUGCGACAUAGUAGCUUUAAGAAGACAAACAGUUUGUAACAAGAAUCUGUUGUUACAAAACAUUUUCUAACAAUUUACACUAUGUGCAUCAGACGCAGUUGGAACAAUGUUCUACCACAAACAUUUCUAAAAUGAAGGGGUCCAUUCAUUCCUCCAUUCAAAUUAUUUUGAUACUUGUAUCUUGUUAUGUGAGAUUAUUUAUACUUUUA